GCUCGCUGCUCAGACUCUUGUGUGCGUGCGCCUGACUACUCGACUUGGUCUCUUGCGACCCGACCAUGGCCUCGUCCCUCUCUGCCUCGUGCAAUGCGCCCAAGCACCACUACGACACGUGCUUCAACCACUGGCUCAAGUCGUACCUCGUCCUCGUCGCCCCGCCCUUGACCAACCCCGCCGACACCGCCGCCGGCCUCAAGGAGCGCGAGCGCCGCAACAAGCAGAUUGACGACAAGAAGCGCGAGCUCGACGACAACUGCGGCGAGGCCUACAAGGCGUACCAGAGCUGUCUCAAG